UUGUCCCCCUUUCAUUCCGUCGAUCCAAUUUUAGGGUUCAAAAUUCAAUCUAUCUCUCUCUUUCUCUGCGAUUCGAUUUCUAGGGUUUCUGAUUCUCUCUGUGAUCAAUCAUGGCGAGCAACAACAGGGAGAAUAAUGUCCAGGAGGAAUCGAACCCGCUUCUGGGCAAGCAAUUCGAGGAGACCCAGAAUGAUACUGAGAAGCCCGCCAAGGCCUUGCCGGAGACUCAGUCGCCGGAGAAAUCUCCCACGGAGAUGGGGCAUGUGAAUGGCGGUGGUAAUGGGUGCGCGUGGACCGCCGAUGGGCUGCCGUUGGGGCACGGGAGCGUGAUGGGUGAGCCCAUGGGCCGGGCCCAGUGGGACUCCAGCCUCCUUGCCUGUCUUGGCCGCAAUGAUGAAUUCUGUAGCAGCGAUCUUGAAGUUUGUCUUCUUGGAAGUGUGGCUCCUUGUGUGUUGUAUGGAAGUAAUGCUGAGAGACUCGGAUCUACUCCUGGGACAUUUGCAAAUCACUGUUUGCCUUACUCUGGUCUAUAUCUGAUUGGAAACACCUUUUUCGGUUGGAACUUCCUUGCACCGUGGUUUUCAUAUCCUAGCCGUACUGCCAUCCGCCGCAAGUUCAACCUAGAGGGAAGUUGUGAGGCACUUAAUAGGUCAUGUGGCUGCUGCGGAAGCUUUGUGGAUGAUGAGCAACAACAGGAACAGUGUGAGACUGCCUGUGAUUUUGCAACUCAUGUGUUCUGCCAUCCAUGUGCUCUAUGCCAGGAAGGUCGUGAGAUCCGUCGCAGGCUGCCUCAUCCUGGUUUCAAUGCGCAGCCAGUUCUGGUUAUGAUUCCUCCUGAGGAGCAGGGCAUGGGCCGUGGAGCUUGAGAAUUGAAAGCUUGUCCUUCCGGGACAUUGGAUGUUCGUACUUUGUAUACGUAAGCGUGUUUUGAUAUCUGGAACUGUUGUUAACUGCAUCGAGUUAUCUGAACCGAACCACAUCUUUUACUUUGGUUUUCGUAAUCAAGUUUAAAUAAGAUAAAGAUGAAAGUAUAGACUUUUGUGUAUAUGUAACGUGUGAUAUCUGUGGACGUGCUUGUUCGUUGGAUGCAGACUUUGAUUGGAACUCCUUUUUACUGUUUGGAUUCUAAAGGAAGCUAUUUUUUUU